CAUCUAGUGAAAUGAUUCUGACUAUUCUUUUAUCUUCACCAAAAAUCAUAAAAGACUUGGGAAAUUUGAAUACUCAAAUCUGUUCCUAUAUCAAACUCUCCAUGGAAGAAAUGAAGUAAAUAUUGGAAGAAAAAAAUAGAAAAAUCUAAAAAGAAAAUGCAGGACCACAAUUACACCAUUAUUCUUCCGACCCCAAAUUAAUUGGGCAAAAUAAUACUAAUAAAACUUGUUUGGUCUGCAUUAUUUUAUUAUUUAUUAUCUGCAGAAGAAUAUUAAUAAUAACUUGUACCAUGAAACAAGCCACCAAGGCAUGGAAAUCAAAGCACCUCUGAAAUGGAUCAGUGUUCUACUCAACAAAAAAUGACCCACCAGCUUAAUGCUACAAUAAAAAUAUAUAACUUUAAUUAAACAAGCCAUAAAAGUGGAAUUGAUUAAUUAGUUAAUAGCAGUGAGUGCUGUUUUAAUGAAGAAAUGAAAAGGAAAGAAAACUGUUAAAAGUAAUGGCACCUGGAUGUAGCAUCCUACUCAAAAGACAGUACUGCCCUUGUCUUUUUUGCAGUUAUUGAUAAGGCAAGGGGAGAGUGAAAAGGAAAUCUGGUAUGGUCUUUGGUGGUGUCUGGCAAAUGAAAAACUACCUUUCCAGAAUAUUGAAGUUGAUGAUUAUAUGUAUUUAUAUUUGUAAUGCUAAUUGAGAAAUUCACCUUCAGGCUAUAAGGAAUCGUCCAAGUUUCAUUUUUGUUUUUUCGUUAGGCUUAUAUUCUUCAAUAGUUCAACUUUGAUCGAAUACUUUGUUUUGUUUUGUUUUUCAUGUAAAAAAUCUGCCCUUGUUGCUCUAUAGCUCCCAAAGUUUGAUUAUUUUUUUCUCCUUGUUUGUUUUCAUGAAUUAUUGUGUCUCUUCUUCACUGUCUCUUAGUAUACCAGAAAUCUAAAAUCUAUUUUUUUUUUAAUUAUUUGAUGGAAGGCUUGAAGUGGGUAUUUGAAGAAACCACCAUUGUUGCUCAAGUCAAGCUGCUUUUAUAGUAGUUGAGGUUAUCUGCUCCAGUGCAGCAGCAGCCAAAUAUCUGCAAUGAGAAAGAAGUUAGCCUCAGUGCUUAUUUUGUGUCUUGUUUUAGUGGUUUUUAGCACCACUGACUCUGGUGACCUUGAUGUUUUAAUGCAAUUCAGAGAUGAACUUGAUAAUCCGGAGCUCUUGAAAUGGCCCGAAAAUGGUGGUGAUCCUUGUGGUCCUCCAAGCUGGAACCACAUCUAUUGUGAGAAUUCCAGGGUUACUCAGAUUCAGGCUCAAGGUAUGGGUUUGAAGGGUACUUUGCCUAAAAACUUGAACAAGCUCUCCAUGCUCAAGAACAUUGGUCUCCAAAGGAACCAGUUGAGUGGAAAGUUGCCAUCUUUUUCUGGUUUAUCUAAUUUGCGGUAUGCUUAUUUGGAUUACAACAAUUUUGAUUCUAUUCCAUCUGAUUUCCUUGAUGGUUUAGAUAAUCUGGAAGUCUUGGCAUUGGAUGACAACAAUUUUAAUGCUAGUACCGGCUGGUCAUUCCCUAAGGCUUUGGAAAAUUCUGCUCAAUUGACCAAUCUUUCUUGUAUGAACUGUAAUUUGAUCGGGCCAUUGCCAGAUUUCCUUGGUUCCAUGCCUUCCUUGACAAACUUGAUGCUUUCUGGUAAUAGGUUGUCUGGUGAAAUUCAGGGAACUUUCAAUGGCAGUGCUGUACAGAUGCUUUGGCUGAAUAAUCAACUGCAUGGAGGGAUGACUGGUCCAAUCGAUGUUGUGGCAACAAUGAAGUCCCUCACAGUUUUAUGGCUGCACGGGAACCACUUCACUGGAACAAUCCCAGAGAGUAUUGGUAAGUUAACUGUCUUGAAGGAUCUCAAUCUUAAUAGUAACAAACUUGUUGGCCUAAUUCCUAUUAGUUUAGCAAAUAUGAGACUGCAAAACUUAGAUUUAAACAAUAAUCACUUGAUGGGUCCAAUUCCAAUGUUCAAGGCAUCAAAGGUAACUUUUGCUUCAAACAAGUUCUGUCAGGCCACUCAGGGGCUUCUUUGCUCCCCAGCAGUUAUGGCACUUAUAGAGUUUCUUGGAGGGGUGAAUUACCCUUCCAAGCUUGUAUCUUCCUGGUCUGGUAAUGAGCCCUGCAACUGGUUGGGAAUUAGAUGCAAUAGUGGGAAGGUUUCAGUCAUAAAUUUGCCCCAUUAUAAUCUCUCUGGUAGUUUGAGUCCUUCAGUUGCAAAGCUGGACACCCUUUCUCAAAUCAGGCUUCAAUCUAACAACCUAAGUGGUCCCAUUCCAAAUAACUGGACUAGCUUGAAAUCCCUAGAAACUCUGGAUCUCAGUGGCAAUAACAUAUCUGGUCCUUUACCAAAAUUUAGUAGAACUGUGAAGCUUGUCGUAACUGGUAAUCCUUUAUUGAACGGUGAUAAGACAGACCAUACCAAAGGGGCUAAUAUUCCACCUGAGAGUUCAGAUUCUCCACCCAAUAUCCCUACUACCUCAUCGCAAGAUACAGUUCCGGGUUCCUCUGCCACUAACUUUUCUCUGAAAUCAACAAAAACAAAAGGUUUCAAAAGAAACACAUUUGUUUUGAUCAUGGCUCCUGUUGCAAGUUUUGCACUUGUUGCAUUUCUUGUCAUUCCUCUAUCCAUCUACUUUUAUAAGAAGAGAAAAGACAGUAAUUUGGCUUCAACUUCCCUGGUAAUCCCUCCCAGGGAUCCAUCUGAUCCGGAUAACAUGGUUAAGGUUGUUGUUGCGGCCAAUAACACCAAUGCAAACCCUUCUACACUAACAGGGAGUGGCUCUGCAAGCAGAAAUAGUAGUAGCAUUGGGGAGUCUCAUGUUAUUGAAGCUGGAAAUUUGGUCAUAGCAGUUCAAGUUCUUCGGAGUGUAACAAAAAAUUUUGCAGCACAGAAAGAGCUCGGCCGUGGUGGCUUUGGUGUAGUUUAUAAAGGGGAACUAGAUGAUGGAACGCAAAUUGCAGUUAAAAGAAUGGAGGCUGGCGUGAUUACAAACAAGGCUUUGGAUGAAUUCCAGGCUGAAAUUGCAGUCCUUUCAAAGGUUCGGCACCGUCAUUUGGUAUCUCUUUUGGGUUAUUCCAUUGAAGGCAAUGAGAGAAUUCUUGUUUAUGAAUAUAUGUCUCAAGGUGCUCUUAGCAAGCAUCUUUUCCAUUGGAAGAGCCUGAAAUUAGAGGCUCUAUCUUGGAAGAGACGGCUAAAUAUCGCCUUGGAUGUAGCCAGAGGAAUGGAGUAUCUUCACACCCUGGGUCAUCAAAGCUUCAUACAUAGAGAUCUCAAGUCUUCAAAUAUUUUACUUGGUGAUGAUUUCAGAGCAAAAGUUUCAGAUUUUGGUUUAGUCAAACUUGCUCCUAACGGGGAGAAAUCUGUUGUGACCAGGCUUGCUGGGACUUUUGGUUACUUAGCACCAGAAUAUGCAGUAUACUUCAGUUACAGGAAAAAUCACCACCAAAGCCGAUGUUUUUAGUUUUGGUGUCGUGCUGAUGGAACUUCUGACUGGAUUGACUGCACUUGAUGAGGAUAGGCCUGAAGAGACCCAGUACUUAGCUGCAUGGUUCUGGCAUAUCAAACCAGACAAGGAGAAAUUAAGGGCUGCUAUCGACCCAUCUCUCGAUGUAAAGGAUGAAACAUUUGAGAGUAUCUCCAUCAUUGCUGAACUUGCUGGACAUUGCACUGCAAGGGAACCCAGCCAACGGCCAGACAUGGGGCAUGCUGUGAAUGUAUUGGCUCCACUUGUUGAAAAAUGGAAACCACUGGAUGAUGAUAAUGAUGAUUAUUGUGCCAUUGAUUACAGCCUUCCUCUUAAUCAGAUGGUGAAAGACUGGCAGGAAGCUGAAGGAAAAGAUUUUAGUUAUUUGGACCUAGAAGACAGCAAAGGUAGUAUCCCGGCUCGGCCUACUGGUUUUGCAGAGUCAUUCACUUCUGCCGAUGGUCGAUAAAAAAGAGGUACUUUGUUGCAUUUCUUUGAAUUCCUUGUUGUUAUAAAUAGUAGUUUGUGUUCUAUCUAUUUGAGAAUUCAAUGUUGAUAUAUAUUUCCGCAUUAAAUAUAGUCGUUUGUAAUAUUUUGCUGCUUAUGAUGGUGUAAGUUGCUUUGAUUAAUUUUAUGGGCAGAGACGUCUUGUUAGCCAA